AUGGAGUCUUUAAGGUCCUUCAAAAAUCGGAAGGGCCCGCGAACGGUUAUAAAUUUUAUGGUUUUAUAUUUCAACAAUUGUUGCAUCCAUGGAUUUCGCUACCUCACCAGAGCUCUGCUUAUUUUCUUUGAAAAAUUUCUUUGGUUCACCCUGCUGGUCGUCUCAAUAUACUUCUGUAUCGUAGUCUGCUUGUCAUCCAUCGAUCGCUACUAUACGAAAAGCACACACAUCGGAUUGGAGCGAAACUAUAUCUUCUGGAAUACCACUUUGCCGAGUUUGACAGUAUGCCCGAUGGAUCGCCUCAACAUGAGCAUUUUCGCGGAUUAUUGUCGGAAAAAUGGCAUUAAGGGAUCGCAAAAAGAUGUUCUUUGGGACUUCCUGGAGAACCUGGCCAAUUCCACCUACAUUAAUUUCCAAAACAUUCCCGAGAGCCAAGAAAUCGAUGAAGUGAUCAAGGACAUAGGCCUGACGCCCGAAAACUACAUGCAGCUGAUUUACAAUCUCACCUACGACAAAACCUACGAGCCGAACAUCAACGAGCGCAUCCGCUGUGUGGACGGCUCGACCUACAUUCAUGUGCGACAGGUUCUCACCGAGUGGGGCCUAUGCUAUCUGUCGAACACCAUGAUAGCCGAGCAGUACAGCUCCAGGUACUACAUCUUCGGAGAGCUUCCCGAGCCCAACAAGUACGAGCAGGAGCUGUCCCUCAUCCAAUGCCAGGUUGGUUCGUUCUUUCAAAGGGACACGCAGUUCACAUUAAGGGGCUUUUCGGGCCCGGCAAUAAUUUCAUUCACACAUUCUGCGUUUGAGGUAAGUAAGGUGGACUCCAACUCCUACUACGCUGAAGACGGUAUAAUGUACGAUUUGGGCAGCGAAGAGAUCGUAGCCGAGGAUAACCUGGAACAUGAAACCACAAUCGCCAUGAGAAAAUGCCGCUUUUACCACGAAUCUAAUCUCACCCAUUUUCCGUUCUACACAAGAAACAUUUGUCAGCAAGAGUGCCGAAUCAAUUUGGCAUACAGAAUAUGCAAAUGCAUUCCCCACUUUUACCCGAAUCGCAUCGCGAGUCCCAAAAAGGUGUGCGACUAUAAAACCUUGAGAUCGUGCUUUCCUCGCCACGCAAAGUUUUUCCUCAAACUGUACGAUGAGGACGGCAAGACAAAUGAACACCCUGGCUGCUUUUGCGAACAGAACUGUCUAGAUGCAGUAGUUACAAUCAAAGCCAUGGACCCAAUGGCAAAUGCCAAACACUUGCUGCAAGGUAUCGGAAGUCAGAUUACAGUCAAAACUUGGCCCCAAACUCGUCUGAAGCGCCAAGUAAUAUUCUCAAUGACCGAUCUCUUGGUUUCAAUCGGCGGAACAGCGGGACUCUUUCUCGGCUUCAGUGUGUUGGGAUUCGUGGAACUUUUAUACUUCUUCACAAUAAGAUUAGUCUGGCACAUAUUGGGUUACACCCUUUAAGGGAACCAAAGCCCCAACUAAUGUAAUGAUCUCAACACUAUUUUCUUAUUAACUUACUAACAGGCUUGAUUAGUUAUGGGUAUGGGUAUCCCAUUAUUAGCAAAACAUACCUAUAUGUGUAUUAAAUAUUUUUUUUUAUUCUUA